GAAGUCCGACCCAGUCUCCGACGCGCUUAUUAAAUCAGUACUCCAAAGAACAAAGCGGAAUUUGGACGCGAUUCGGAUCUCGAAAGCAUCCCUGGUGAAAUAAUUUUAGGGUAAGAAUGGAGAUCGAAAUCCAAACCUGCUGAGAUCGGGAUCGACUCGAUUCGAUUUGAUUCGUCCUGUGGAAGCUGGCGACAUCGAACAGGUUUUCUUUUUGGAAAGAAUUGAAGGGAUUUCGCUAGAGAUUGGAUUGCUUCUUCUUCUUGUUCCAGCUGUUAUCGACUGAUUCCAGACAUCUAUAAAAUAUUGUUUAAAUAAGGGAAGAAGCUAAGUUUUCUUGUGAAUUGGGGCGGAAUUAGCGAGGAGUCGAAUUUGUGGGAAGAAACCAGAAAGCUAGGGUUUUGGAAGGGAGUAAAAUUCGGAUAUUUGGAGCGAUCUUUGAUGAGAGAGUAGAGAGGAGGGAAAGAAAGACUUGAGAGAGAGAUGGGGAAAGGAGGAGGUUGCGUGCCGAGCAAGAAGCGGCAGCCUGCGGUCGCGUCGGAGAAGGCGGUCGGCGCGAGGAACGCCCCUGUCCCCCCCGAGGACAAGAGCCACGAGGACUCCGAUGCCGCGGCAGCGCCGCCGCCGGCGGAGCUAAAGCUGAAGCUCUUCAUCGUGUUCUAUUCCAUGUAUGGCCACGUGGAGGGCCUGGCGAAGCAGAUGAAGAAAGGGGUGGACGGCAUCGACGGUGUCGAGGGUGUUUUGUACCGCGUCCCGGAGACGCUCCCGCCGGAGGUCUUGGAGCAGAUGAAGGCGCCGCCCAAGGACCUGGAGAUCCCAGUCAUAUCGGCGGCGGAACUGGUGGAGGCGGACGGCAUACUGUUUGGAUUCCCGACGAGGUUUGGGUGCAUGGCGGCGCAGAUGAAGGCCUUCUUUGAUGCCACUGGGAACCUGUGGAGGGAGCAGAAGCUCGUUGGCAAGCCCGCCGGAUUCUUUGUGAGCACUGGGACCCAGGGAGGAGGGCAGGAAACCACUGCAUGGACUGCAAUUACCCAGUUAGCCCACCAUGGGAUGCUAUAUGUUCCCAUUGGUUACACUUUUGGAGCAGGUAUGUUCAAGAUGGAUGACAUCAGAGGGGGUUCUCCAUAUGGUGCUGGUGUUUUCGCCGGUGAUGGCUCAAGGGAACCUACUGAAAUGGAGCUUGCUCUUGCUGAGCACCAGGGAAAAUAUAUGGCUUCAAUAGUCAAGAGGCUGGUGCAUCUUUAAGUUAUCCAAUCAACCAAAGCAACCAGAUAUCUUGCACAGUUUAAAUCUUCGUGAUUAUUCUAUUCUCUCCCCCGUAUUUUGAAAAUGUUGUUUUAUGAUUCUUCCUCCCCUUUUUACUGUGCCUGGUACAUGUCCUAGUUUUGCGCCUUAUGCUGGUUAUUUGUGUUUAUCAUUUGCCAAAGUACUGCAAGACACUACAUGAUUCACAACAAUGGCAUCAUAUCACGAGAAUAAAAAGAUUGUGAUAUGUUAUUCCUUUGCGUUCUCA